AUGUAUGAGACACAAAACCAGAGGUCUUCUCCUCUCGCUGUAAUUCCCAUGGGCUUGUUCCUGAAGUCCUCAAUCAGCCACACUCGCAUUGUCUCUAGAAGGUUUGACUCAAACCGGAAAGGUUCUGUCUCUGGGGAGAAAUGUGAAGAUGCCACCGUUGUCCACACCUGCCCACCAGGCCCUGUGAGAAGAGUGAGAAGCCCUGCAUGCUGCUGGAGCAAGUGGAGUGACACCCACUUUGUCCCAUCACUCUUCCCAGAGGCUCAUUUGAGCCAAAGUGUACAAGAUGGCACAGAUACAAGUGGACGGCAUCUCAACUACAAAGUUCUGUUGUAUCGCAACAGUCAGAACGGGAAAGGCACUCCCACUGUCAGAAAUCCCUUGGUCACACUGGUGAGGAAUUGCCUGCCUGUGACCUGCUGGAGCUUCUGGAGAAAUUACAUAGCUCAUGAGUUGUUGCCUCAGAAACUUAAACCACCUGAAAAGCAUGUCAAGAGUGAUGAGAGUAUGGAUUUGACCUCCACUUAUAAGCAAGAUUAUAACUCCUGCCCUAUCUCUCAAGUACCUCCAUGCCUCCCCUGUGUGACGAGACACAUCCCCAGCUCCAAGGUGGAUACAAGAACCACUUACGAAGAUGACUAUAUGCUAUGGAACAAGCCAAAGACAGAGCUGAUCAGACCAAACAACAGGUUUUGCCCAUCAGAAGAAAAAUUUGACCACAGAACUGUUGUCCAGAACGACUAUGUCUACAGGGGGCCAGUUGCCACUCAAAGCUGCAAACCUCUGAAUCCGGUCCAGAAAAGCGAGGCGCCCUUUGAAAAUAUGACCAGUUAUAGAGUGCAUUAUGUGCCACAUGCUCUGGGGAAACGUUAUGUCCAUAAAUAUGAGAAAUACAAGGUCAAUGACAUCCUAUUUGAUGGCUUCACUACCUACAAAGUUUCUUACAAGGGGGUGGCUGGUCAGCCAGCCAAGCUGGCAAAACUAUACCAGCCGAAGCUUCUUCAUGAUCUUCCAUUUUCCUCUACAACUGAGUUUCAGGAAAGAUACCAAACUUGGCCAUUGCCUCCUGUAUUCACCAAAAAACCUGAAGUAUAUCUUCCUCCUCUGGAGAAGAUGGACCUUCACACCACUACUCAGACACAUUACAAGCACCAAAAUGGCAAGCCAGCCGAGAUGUGCAGACCUUUGGCCCAGCUUGAAAAAAGUACUGAGCCAUUCGAGAGCUCUUCUGUAAUGAAGGAAGACUAUAAGCCUUGGCUGUGCAAGAGACUAAAACCUAUCACUCAUCCUCCAGUGCUGGCUUUCCCAGCAAAACCAACAGACUUCUUGACUACCUUUCAGACCCAUUAUGUGCCUCAUCCGCUCACAGUUACAAAGAGCUAUAAACCUGGAUGGUCAGGCCCAGAACGUCCCACUCUGCUAGAUGCCAAAACCAUCUAUGCUACCAGCUACACACCAAAGGGCAUUGUUAGAUGCUUUGCCUCUAACAAAGACCCACCCGGUUACACCUUUGAGGGAACUAAUGCUGAUGGUCACAAUGUCCAUCUCCCUGCUUCCAAGAAUGAGUACGUGCAAGGUGGACCUUGA